UAUGUAUAUCAUUGGCAUACAACCAAGUCAUUCGUUCAACCUUCUCCACGCAACACCACUUCACAAGUCAUUCCCAGCUAACACGAUAACUGAGGGCUUUUUGCUUAUUUCUACAAACUCAAGUCAGCCGAGUUCAUUUUCAUACGCAGAGUCCCGUGGGAUGCUACUCACGGGGCACUGGCAAGCGCCGGCAGGGCACUGGCACGAGGCACCGCAGCUGCAAGUGUGGUCGGAACCUGGAAUGCUUCGUCAGUACAGGCACAGAUACAGAUAACACAAAGCA